AUGUGGUUGGAAGUCAGGAGCACUAACAACGAUGCUGCUGUAAUUGCUGAUCACUUUCUGGGUUGCGUCUGCCAGAUGAAAGGUAGAAUUUGGCCGGUUUGAAGUCCGUUUCUCUAACCUUCCAAAGCCCUACACUUGUAAAUAAAGACCCUUGUCGUUAUUCUUUUAAUUUUACGGACCGCAAAGAUUGUUCGUGCCGAUCCUGGAACCGAGAAUGUAAAAGUGGAAGUCUUACAAAAUUUUUUUAGGGCCAACGGACGCGACAGCUUUUCUGGGGACAAAAGUUUUAUGUACGGAAAAUCCACAGCAAAU